CCUGAGAGAAUUUCCUGUCAAGGCUCUAUUUGGACAAACUGAAGCAAAGAUGAGGAGACUUCAAAACCUGCUGUUCACCUUUUGCAUUGCUCUGAGGUGUGUGACCAGUGCAGUAGGGGUGAUCCAUGUAACUGGAUAUGUGGGGAGUGCGGUUAAAGUUUCCUGCUCCUAUGAUCAGGGUUACGAGUCUUAUGAGAAGUACCUGUGUAAGAAUGACUGUGGCAGCAAUGAUGAUGUUCUUAUUACAACAUCAAAUCCAGUGACAAGCAAAUACAGGAUCCAUGAUGACAAAACAGCACGAAUCUUCACAACGAGCAUCUCUGACCUUCGUUCUGUGGAUACUGGGAAAUACUGGUGUGGCGUGAGCAGAACUGGAAUAGAUAUCUACACCGAAGUCGAGCUGAAAUUAGUCCAAGACAGCUGCUGUAACAGUGUGAAAGAAGUUGAAAGUUAUGCAGGAUAUUCAGUGUCCUUCAGUUGUCUGUAUGAGUCCCAGUACCAGAACAGCCUGAAGUACAUCUGCAGAGGAACACGGCCCUCCAUGUGUCUGCAACAGGCACUAAUCACCUCUUACAACAAACAAAAUGGGCGAUUCAGAUUUGACGAAGAAAAUAUGUCAACACAACUCACAACAAAGAUUAGCAGUUUGACCCAAAGUGAUUCAGGGCGUUACCUCUGUGGCAUCCAAAGAAACUCUGACCUGCAUCUUUUCUGUGCUUUUGAGCUGAAAGUUAAAGACCACUGCUGUGAUACUGUGACCAAUAUUGAAAGUUAUGAGGGAUACUCUGAGUCCAUCAAUUGUCCUUAUGAGAAUCAGUACCAGAACAGCCUGAAGUACAUCUGCAGAGGAAACCAGCCCUCCACAUGUCUGCAGCGGGCGCUAAUCACCUCUAACAACAGAGAAAAUGGUCGCUUCAGACUUAAUGAUGUAAAAAUGUCAAGAAUAUUCACAGUGACAAUUAGCAGCUUGACCCAAAGUGAUUCAGGGCAUUACCUUUGUGGUGUUCAAACAAACUCUGACCAUGAUGUUUUCUCUGCUGUUGAGCUAAGAGUCAAAGAGUGGUGCUGUGUCAGGUCAACUAAAAUAACAGGUACUGUUGGACAGCCACUAACUCUGCAGUGCCCUUAUCCUCAACAACAUCAGGAUAACAGGAAGUUCCUCUGUAAGGGAGACCACCGCAACAGUUGCAGAGACAUGGGGACGAGUCAAAACAGAUUUGCACUACAAGAUGAUAUUUAUUCCAACUCUUUCUCAGUGACGAUCACAAAGAUACAAGAGGAUGAUGCUGGGACAUACUGGUGUGGGUCAGACUCACAGUGGAGAGUUGGAAACUACACCAAGAUUCAGCUGUCAGUCGAGUUCUGCUGUGUCAAAUCGGCUAAAAUAAAUGGUACUGUGGGGCAUCCACUAACUUUGCAGUGUCCUUAUCCUUCACAAUACCGGGAUAACAGGAAGUUUCUCUGUAAGGGAGACCAGCGAAACAACUGCACAGAUAUGCUGAAGAAUCAAAGCAGAUUCACACUACAAGAUGCUUCUUCCAGCACUUUGAUUGUGAUAAUCUCAAAGCUGGAAGCAGCUGAUGCUGGGACAUACUGGUGUGGGUCAGACUCACAGUGGGGAGUUGGAAACUACACCAAGAUUCAGUUGUCAGUCUUUCCACAGAGCACUCUGGGAAAAAAGAACCCAGCACUCUAUGUGAUACCCCCUGUACUGCUUUUGAUAUGUAUCCUCGUUCUUGUUUAUAAGUACAGACAUUCCAGGAUUGAAGAAGCUGUUCUCUCCCUGCGGAGAAAUGCAUCUAGGAAAAAGAGUUCAAAGAAGGUGAUUGGUGCAGCACAAAGUGAAAUUUAUAAAAAUCAAGGUGUGGUGACCUCCAAUGACCAAAGCACCAGUAACGUCUAUGAAGAAGUAGAUGUAGAAGUACACUACGAAAACUUGACCGCAAGUGAAUAAAUCUACUGCAAUGAAAAUUUCCAUAAACCCAACAGAAGAUACAGUUCAGUCCAUAAAUAUUUGGACAGAUACAACUAUUUUCUCAUUUUGGUUCUUUAAAUGAAACAACUCAGAUGCAGCUGAAGGGACUCAAAAGUAAUUGGACAAAUUAAAUAGGUGAAAAUAAAAUGUUAAUUUCUAAUACAUGAUUGAAACCCUUUGCUGGCAAUUACACCCCCAAGUCUUGAACUCAUGGACAUCACCGGUUACUAUGUUUCCUUCUUUUAAAUCUUCAACAAAUGAAAUGCACGCCCACUUGGGUUAAGAUCAGGUCACCCACUUGGCCAUUCAAAAAUAUUCCACAUCUUUGGUUUAAUAAACUCCUGGGUUGCUUUGUCUGUAUGUUUUGGGUCAUUGUCCAUCUGUACAAGUCCAUCUGCCCAAUCAAUUUGACUGCAUUUGGCCUGAUUUGAGCAGACAGUAUGUCUGAACACCUCUGAAUUCCAUUGGCUGCUUCUGUCCUGUGUCACAUCAUUAAUAAACACUAGUGUCCCAGUGCCACUGGCAGUCAUGCACGCCCAAGCACACUGCCUCUGCCGUGUUUUACAGAAGAUGUGGAAUGCUUUGGAUCAUAAGCCAUUCCACGCCAGCGUAGACUUGGAUAUCGAUACACCUACGUCCUGGAGAGUGCUGUCACUUGGUUGGCUGUUGUAAACGGGUUUCUCUUCACCAUGAAAUGAUUCUGCGAUCAUCUACCAAAGUUGUCUUCCAUGAACAUCCAAGUCUUCUUGCGUUGCUGAGUUUACCAGUGCUUGCUUUCUUUCUUUCUUUCUUUCUUUCUUUCUUUCUUUCUUUCUUUCUUUCUUUCUUUCUUUCUUUCUUUCUUUCUUUCUCAGGAUGUACCAAACUGUAGAUAUUAUCAUUUCAAACAUUGAAGCAAUUUCUCAGAUGGGUUUUUCUGUUUUCUCAGCUUAAGGAUGGCUUUUUUCACCUGCAUGGAGAACUCCUUUGGAUGCAUGUUGUCUGUUCACAGCAAAAUAUUCCAAAUGCAAGCAUGACACAUCAAAUCAACUCCAAGCCCUUUAUCUGCUUAAUUAAUAAUGACAUAAUACAGGAAGUGCCCACACCUGCCCAUGAAACAGCCUUUGAGUUGUCCAGUUACUUCUGGUCCCUUUAUAAAGCGGUUGGCACAUGUUAAGAAGCUGAAACUCCAAAACUCUUUAUUCAAUUUGACUGUGGAUACCCUCAAAUGAAAGCUGGGAGUCUACGCAUUAUGUCCAUGUCCACUGUAUAACUAUAAUUAGAAUAUGUUCUGGCAAAGAGGUAUAAAAACAAUUAUAAAUGGACCUAACUGGAAGUAGCACUUGCAUCUGUAGUUACUAGCUUUGAUUUUAAUUGCUUAGUGUUCAUAAAAAUAUCUGCUGUUUUUUUAAUGUGAAAAUCUAAUAAUGCAAAAUUUCACAUGAUUUUUAAGUGAACAAAUACAAAAGUGGAACACAAUCAAAUGUGUUUACAUACAGUAAUAAAACAUUACAUUUAUUCAAUUUUAUAUAUUCGUUUUUGUUUGGUUUAUUGUUUUGAACUAUUUAAAGAAGUCCCCACUUUGCUGAAAAUGUCAGUUUUAGACAUUUGGAGUCAAAAAUACAGCAGUGAAAGGUAAAAUGUUCAUGAUACACAGAAACAUCUACAAAACUUUCAACUUGAACAUUUGACAAAACUUUCAUAUUGUAUAAAUUAUCUUCCUUUACGUGCAAUAUUACUGGUUAGUGUUUCACAGUGAGCCCACUGCUGGUGAUGUAUUUGUUUAACACUGAUUAUUAGAGUAGGAAUAGAAGAUUACCUACGAUAUGCAUAUAUCCUAAUGACCUGUUAGUCACAGGUUGUUAACAAAUGAGUGCUUGUUUGCAUAACUAGUCCCUUUGUCUAUCUGCUUUCUAAACACCAAGAUGGCAAAAAAAACUCCGUGUUAUUGGGCUGUUUACUAAUUUGUACCACUGUGUCUUUUUCAUGUUAACAUCAGUCCUACAUAAGAAAAUCCUGGUAAUGACACAAUGCACCUGUUCUGUUUGAGCAAUGAUGCUGAACUGUUUAUUAAUUAAUAUAAAGCUCUCCAGGCUUUUGGCUGUCUUAUUUUGUUGUUCUGUAAAAUAAGCUUCUCUGUGUAAGCUUAUUGGCUCAAUUAGCUCUUUCAAAACUUUUUGAUAUACCACAUUUUUCAAAUCUACUAAAUGCAUUUUAUUUGCAAGAAGCUUAGUGUAUGUUUAAUAAAAAUUGCAGUAUAUUAUAUAAAAUUGCCUCAUGAUUUCUCAGGAUAAGAGUCUGAGAAAAUGUAUUAUCUGUGUUUGUUAUUAAUUAAAAAUGUACAAAAACAA